AUGCAAAUAUUGAUGCAGCCUUUUAGUUUGCCCGGAUUCCUCCCGCCUGGCUACAUCCAGCGCACACCUGCUGGCGAAGCUCCUCCCACAGUUGAGGAUGCCCUCUUUGACAUGUUGUCAUUUGCUCAAGACACAUUCGGUGUGGAUCGCCGUCCAGCACCAAUGUUGGAGCCACAAGUCAUUCUCAGUCAACUCCAAGUUCUGAGAGAGGCGAGACUCCGGAACUCCUAUGGUGCAGAGCCUGACACCCCACAACGACUUUGGCAAGAGUUCCAAAGCGUGACAGAAAAAGUCCUGGGCGAGUACGUGAUUGAUGCGAUUACCCCUCGAGAUGAAGAUCGCCAGAAAGCGAGAGAACUUCGAACCAUUUUAUAA